AUGGCAAGAUUUGGCAUACCGUUACGCAUAACUACUGACCAAGGCCGACAGUUUGAAGCAGAAUUAUUUAAACGUUUGAUGCAAAUAACCGGCUCCACGCAUCUUAGGACCACAGCAUACCACCCAGCAGCAAACGGUUUAGUAGAACGUUUCCAUAGACAACUAAAAACAGCUAUUAAAUGUCAUCAAACAGAAAAUUGGGUUGAAAUUUUGCCUGUAAUAUUAAUGGGAAUUAGAGCAGCAUGGAAAGAGGAUCUGCAAGCAACAACAGCAGAAAUGGUUUAUGGAGAGCCAAUCAAAUUGCCAGGCCAAUUCUUACAAAAAAAUAUUCCUGAAGUUCUUGAAGAAAACCAAGGGGAAGUUUUGGAAGAACUUAGGAAAAACAUACAAAAAUUAAAACCUCAAGAGAUCAAAAGACACGGAGGAACAACUACCUUUAUUUUCAAAGAUAUGAGAACAACAACACAUGUUUUUGUGCGUAACGAGACACUUGGGGGAGGCCUUCGAUCUCCGUAUGAAGGGUCUUAUAAAGUACUAAAAAGAAACGAAAAAGUUAUCACUAUCAACAAGAAUGGCAAGAAUAUCAAUGUGUACAUAGAUAGAGUUAAACCAGCUUACAUCCUUGAAGAAGAUAAUAUCUUAACAAAUCAACAGAAAAUAACGGAUAAACCGCAACCGGAAAAACUUCGGACGCGCAGCGGUCGGACUUCCAAACCACCGGUCCGUUUUCAAAUCCCUAACUAA